AUGUGGAAGCUGCUUGCGAACAUACUAACACUGGAACUGCUUUGGUGUGUCCUCGGUCCCGGCAUAGGUAUAGGGGUGUACUUUCUCACGUACUGGAACUGGAAUACUCUUCCGAGUGAAGUAUAUCUGGCCGAUGCAGUUGAGUCAGCUGACGAACGCUUCGUGGCGGAACGAGCCCUUUAUGAUCUGGGUGCGCUAACAAGCCGUGGACCACGGGUAGCCGGAAGUGAAACAAACGAAAAAUUUGCAGUAGAUACGCUUUAUGAACUAGUCGAACGUAUCGCAAGCCAAGCUCUUCCCGAGUAUGAAGUUGUGUACGAGGUACAGCGAGCCAGUGGGAGCUAUUUCUUAGAUUACGAUGAUUAUCCCAUCACGAGCUACUACCGUAAUGUGCAGAAUAUCGUCGUGUCCGUUGUGCGUCGGGGCUGGUUUAGUGGAAAGUACCUUCUGCUGAAUGCACACUUUGACAGUGCGGUGACGAGUCCGGGCGCUGGUGACGAUGGUACAAUGGUUGUGGUAAUGCUGGAACUGAUGCGCCAGUUGACACAAAGUAUCAAAUCGCCAAUGCAGCAUGGAGUGCUGUUUCUCUUUAAUGGGUGCGAGGAGAACACUAUGCAGGGUGCACAUGGAUUUGUACGAGGACAUCCACUGGCGCAGUCCGUUGCGGCUUUCAUCAAUCUGGAUGUAGCUGCCAACAGUGGGCGAGAGAUCAUGUUUCAAUCCGGUCCAAACUAUCCAUUCUUGAUGGCUUACUAUCGCGAUCACAUUUGUCGUCCGUAUGCAAAUACGCUGGGAGAAGAAGUUUUCCAGAUGGGACUGGUACCGUCCUUUACCGACUACGAAACACUCUCAAAGCAGGGCGGUUGGCCGGGACUAGACUUUGCCUUGUCGUCCUACGGAUACCUUUACCACACAGCGUUGGAUGCACGGGAGACCAUAUCUGGCGGAACUUUGCAGCAUAUUGGAGACAAUCUGUUGGGGCUUGUGCGCGCCCUGAGCAAUGCUGACGAGCUGGGUAACAUACAGGAACAUAGCGAAGGAACAGCUGUAUUUUUCGACUUUAUGCACCUAUUUCUGGUGUACUACACGGAAACGACCGGACUGAUCAUCAACAUUCUGCUGGGAGUGUUCUCGUUGGGGCUCAUUGUUGGAACCCUUUGCAUGAUCGUGCGAAAGGAAGGAGCAGUUGGCACCAAUGUGCUCUUCGAGUCUGGUAUGGCUCUUAUAGUGCAAACACUGUCCAUCAUACUAGGAGCUGGACUUUCAGUUUUGGUGGCUGUCAUAUUUGAUGCGUGCGGUCGAUCGAUGAGUUGGUUUUCCUCCACCUGGUUGCUGUUCGGAUUGUACUUUGUACCGUGCAUCGCUGGUCUCACCCUAGGGCCAUUUGUGUACGUUCAUUUUCGGAAAAUCCUCUUCCUGCACGAUCAAGGCCGGGUUAUUCUCUUCCUGCAUGCACAACACUGCAUCUAUGCCGUACUGCUGAUAACGCUAUCGAUCGGUGGCAUUCGAUCUGCGUUCGUGUUGCUGUUUCCAAUCAUUUUUUACUGCGCCACGACGAUAGUAAACAUGAUCGUUCAGUUUCGGCUGAAGAUCUGGAUCUAUGUGCAUCUCGUCGGUCAACUAAUACCGAUUUUUUACUUCUGCUCUUUGGCUGUGACACUGUUUGCUGUGUUUGUUCCAAUGACUGGUCGUAGCGAUAAUCGCUCCAAUCCGGAUCUACAGAUGGCCCUCUUUUCCUCACUUUUGACGCUACUGUUAGUCGGUUUCUUGACACCAUUUAUAGUGCUGUUUCGGCGAAAGUUGUACGUAUUUGGUACGCUACUGCUAAUUUUCCUCGUAACGGCCAUUGUUGCAGCCACCCCAGAAGGUUUCGCGUUCCGGGAGCAAACUUCACCCCAGCGAUACUACAUUUUCCAUCACCAGCGAAAUUUCUACUGGCCAAACGGCACACUACGUGACUCGGGUGCGAUCUACUACCUUCAUCCACAAGAUCGCCAUACGCCGGAACUAUUACAAUCCGAUGUUCCAGAAUGGUCCAAUGCUCAAACGCUUGGCGCGGAGUGCGAACGUGAGCUUUACUGCGGCAUUCCAUUUUACAUCAACCGCUAUCAUCGACAGAGUGUGUCAAGCUACUGGCUACCUGCAGUGGAACCACCGAUUCUGCCCGAACCGUUAAGAUUCCAAUUUGUUUCUCGUGAGUCACCAACUCCCGGCCGGCACCGUUUUUACUUUAGCAUACAAGGCCCAAGUCAUAUGAGCCUGUACGUAUCUCCUAUGGCCGGGCGAAAAUUGGUUGGAUGGAGUUUUAGCGAACAAAUUCCCCCAAGUGGAAAACGAUGGAAAGAUCAAGACGUUUAUUUCGUGAACCUUUUCUCUGGUUCAUUGGACUUAACACCAAUAAGUUUUUACGUUGAGAUUGAGCACCAAUCAUCAAACCAAUCAGAUAGUUCCAUGUUUUAUAUCUCAGUUGUCGCUCAGUAUAUGCAUCAUGAUCAUGUGUAUCGUGCUCGGGAGUUUCAAACACUACUGGAUAAAAUGCCCAAAUACGCACACACCGUCGCUUAUCCUGGAUAUUUGGAAAGUUGGAUAUUCUAGC